GCUCGUGACAUCGGCUACAUUAGUCAGUUGCUAGCAUCUCCACCGUCUCGGUCUGUAAACGUCAUGUUAUUCCGCUAGCUAGAAGAUAAAACAUUAAAUAAUAACAGCUAAAUAAUCUCAACGAGCACUAAGGAUGUUGUCUCGUCUACUGAAGGAGCACCAGGCAAAGCAAAAUGAGCGGAAAGAGCUGCAGGAGAGACGCAGGCGUGAAGCUAUAGCUGCAGCCACCUGUCUGACAGAAGCCCUGGUAGACCACCUCAACGUAGGUGUUGCUCAGGCAUACGUAAACCAACGCAAGCUUGACCAUGAGGUGAAGACUCUCCAAGUGCAGGCGAGCCAGUUCUCCAAACAAACUGCUCAGUGGAUCAGUAUGGUGGAGGGUUUCAAUCAGGCCCUAAAGGAAAUUGGCGAUGUGGAGAACUGGGCCCGCAGUAUUGAGAUGGACAUGAGGACCAUCGCCACAGCUCUGGAGUAUGUACACAAGGGUCAGCUUCAGUCUGCUUCCUCAUAAACUUCACGGGAAGAAAUGUUGAAAGGUUUACAGCCGAAACUAAAUACACUGGAAUGAAACCGAAAUCCAGUUGACUCCUGUCAGCAAAGACGCAGGCAGCAAGGACUUUGUUCAUCUGCAUGCCCCUCUGAAUGGGCUAAUGCUGAUGAUUACUUUGUCCAGCAAAAUGCUGAAAGUCAGCAUACACAUCACUGCUUACGUUCUCAUCUGAGGAACAAUAUUAACAAGGACAACCACACAAUGAUGCUGGAGUUGUUCAAAGAUCAAGCGUGUGUAUAAAAUGAAAUAGGUCUAGAAUCUGUUUUGUAGUUACUUCAGUUGAUGAAUAACAGUUGAAUAAUUGGGAAAACAAUCUAUGUCAGUAUGGAAUUGUGAAGGUGUAGCAUGUAAAAACAAAGGUAAUAGGUUUAAACGGCCACAAAUUGCCACCAUCGCUUAUUGUCUGCAGUAUCUCCUAAAAAGAUUUUCUAGUAAGGCUUAUUUUCAGCACAAUACCUAAAUUAUGUAUGUCUAUGUAAAUGUCUGAGUACAGUGAUGACUGUACUGUUUUUGUUAGACAACUUAAAAUUUUGUUACCAUUUGAUGAUGGAACAUUAUUUUUAAUAAAGUUUAAAAAUCCAC